UUGGACGCUGCGGUCGUCAGUGUUUGGGGGCGCUAACAAUCGGCGACGCAACCGACCACCUGCUAGUCACUUCACCUUCAACAUCCCAGAGUGAUGCACCGUCACAUUUGUCAACAUAGAGUUGCUCUUUAUUUUGUUUUUUCGGGCGCUUAAUAUGAAAAAUAUGUUGUGAGUUCUGGAGACUGUAAUAUGUGUGUGAGAAGAAUUGCUUUUUAACAAUUAAGUGCUAGUACAUUUAUAUGUUCUUUAACGCUGAUAUUUUCAAAAGACUGUGAGUGAAAACUGAAAACAUUCAAUUAAUAUAAACAGCUUAUUGAAUGCUUAACAUUACAUCCCACAUUAUAAAACAUAUGAAUCAUUUAGCAUUUCCUCUAUGUGAAGAGAGAAUUUUGUAAAGUAUUAAAUUUUGAAAUCUCUUUUCCUUACCAAUAAUAAAUAAUAAUAUAAUAUAAAUGUGCACCUCGAGAUACAAUUUCACACAUAUUAGAAUAUAUGUCAGUAUCACUACCGGUUUCAAAAUAAAUAAAUAAUAGAUGUCAAGAUAUUUCAAAGAACCCUUCUUUAUGUACCGUAAAGCGAUAUGUGGUAUAGAAACAUGAGUUAUCAGUUAAAUGACGGUAGAUGAAGUGUUAUGAACUAAAUGACUUUUAUUUCUUAAGCUUUAAGAAUAAGGAAGAAGCUAAUAUCGCGGUAAUGACAUUUUAUCUUCGAGAAAUCAUGUCAGACUGCUGCAGCAACAACAAAUCCUGGACUUUCCUCACGAUUUUCACAUUCUUCUGUCAUUCCACAGCAUGGGGCCUCUAUUCACCGCUACCCUCCGUCGAAAUAGCCGUCCCAGUGGGCAUCCCUAGCUCUGAGCCACUGUUGUCAGUGCGGACCCUACCUACAGAAGAACGGCCCCUGUCUUACCUUCUGAAGACUGAGCUUGGAGAGCACUGGUUCAGCAUUAACAGGGCCACAGGAGAGCUCCGCCUGCAUGAGACUGCCCAGCAGCGCAUAGCAGAACAUUCAGGUCGGAAGGUAUCCUUGAGCGUCAGGGCUCUAGACGACAUUGCAGGCGCCGUGCCACUUAUGGUGGUCAACGUCACGUUUGUUGAGGCAACGGAAUGCGAAGAAUUCAGUGCUCAGGACCUGUGUUUCUGGAGAAGUAUGAGGUACCAGAUAUACGAGAACCAAGGUGCCACUGAGCUGGGCCGGCUUGCACCUCCUUUCAUGCAUAAGAUGUGCCCACACUACUCCAUUUCCUACAACCUGACCAACGGGACGGAGUACGCAAGUCUUGGCAGGGACGGUGUCUCCUUACAAAGCCGAGAGGACCUGGACAGAGAUACCGGGCCCAAUGAAGCCGGAACUUCGGGCCCGGGGCCAGAACUGCGUGUUCACGUGACCUGUACCGUCAACAGAGGGCGCUCAAUCAGCGAGGUUGGGAUGACUGUCCGAAUAACAGUUUUGGAUGAGGACGAUAAUCCUCCUGUGGCUCAGACAAACAGGCAUUUUCUGAAUGGAUCCCAGCUGAAAGAGGGCGCAGAGCUGGACGCGCAGAACCUACUGUUGACUGACAGGGAUACGGAGGCCGUCAACAACUAUCAUGCCACACUGCUAAACGACACCCACGGAAUCUUCAGCUUCGAGUGUAACAAGUGGCCAGAUGACAGAGUGGAGCCUCACACUGUCAUACAUUGCAAGGUGCGAGCCAACAGAACAACCCCGCUGCCCUGGUCAUCUUACCAAAUUGUAAUGAGGGUGAAUGAUACUUCGCUACAGUCAGGACAUGGGACCAGCCACGUGGAUAUGCACUUGAACAUCACCAGCAAUUUCAGCCAAAUGGAAUCCUUGAGCCAGAAGGCGUCCUGGAGUCGGGAGACGGCCAAGCAGUACCCGAAGCACGUGUCCAUCUUCCGAGGAGCGUCUCUUUACGCGCGUCUCGCACAGCCCGACGCCCUGCACGAGCUCGUGCACGCGCGUCCUGCUCCGAGCUACAGCCUUGAGACGUCCACAGACGCAUUCAAAGUGACACAACAUGGAGGAAUCAUCUAUGUGUCUGACGUCACUGCUCUGUAUGAAGCACCAAGCUCCCUCAACCUCACAAUCGUUGUGUUGUUUCCCGACAACAAGUUCGACAAAGUGUUAAUGCAAGUGGAUAUAACAAGUGAUGCAGGAAAGGGGGCUUGUAAUGAAACCACGUGGUGGCAAAAUCAGACGGACAAAGACUGGAUCCUGUGUUCUGAGAAAGAUAAGCCGAAAGCUUGUGAGGAGCUGUGUGGCGUCGGCACGGGAAAGGCCGUCCCUGUCAACGAGGACUUAAAAUCUCCGAUAGGAAACAGAGGCUGUAUGUGGAGGGGCAGCAGAACGCCUUUACCACAUGAAAACCUCACAAAGGAUUAUGCUACCUGCACUGCAGAUAUCGACACGUGCCCAGAUUUCCUGUGUGACCCUCUAGAGAAACUUCACUUCCAUAUCUGUCCGCAGGACUGCACAGAUAUGGUGACGGGAGCUGGAUAUCAGAACGAGGGAACUAACAACAACCUUGGAAUAGCAAGUGCGAGCAAUAAAGUUGUUUGUACCUGCGACCCUCAUUACAAGUGCGCCUGCGCUCCUCCUGGCAGGGGGCAAAAGAAAGUUUCCAGCAAUGCACCGACUACGGUGUCAUCAUAUAACGUCACGACGGCCUCCAUGUUCACCCAACCUCCGAGGGAUCCAAAUGUGAGCGCAGAGAGAGCUAUCAACGAGGGGACUUGCGGGGCAUCGUGUCUCGUGGGAGUCGUCAUAGGGAGCUUCUUCCUGCUGUGCUCCAUCACAGGCGUCUACAUCUGCUGGAAAUACAGAAUGUCUGGAAAAGGAAGACGCGAGCGGAAGUAUGUGGGGAGUGUGGCAUCUCUUUCCGGCGUCCAGUCGGACUACGUGGACCGAGCACUGCAACCAGGCGACGCUCAACUCCUCAGCUAUGACCCAGCAGUUCCUAUUGCCUCCCCUGACCCGCGAACAGUGCCGGAUCCAAAAUGGGAGUUUCCCAGAAGUCGACUUAUCAUCGAGCAGACACUGGGUGAAGGAGAGUUCGGGCGAGUGUUGCGCGCACGCGCUCUGGAUAUCGGCGGAAUAUCGGGAUGCACAACUGUGGCCGUGAAGACACUGAAAGAAAAUGCCAGUGCAUCGGAACUCACAGACUUACUGUCCGAGUAUCAGCUCCUCAAAGAAGUGACGCAUCCGAACGUCAUUCGGCUGCUGGGUGCGUGCACGACGCCUGGAGCCCCUAUUUACCUCAUCAUAGAGUUCGCUGAAUACGGGUCCCUCAGGAAUUACUUGAGGAAAAGCAGACACUUGGAAUCAGAUGGGCAGAUUCCCUGUUCCUUUGGCUCUACGCCUACAAUGCGGCCCGAUACUCUAGUAGAAACAGAAUGUACAACUGCUCCUGCCACUCCAAGGGAUAUCCUUUCAUUUGCCUGGCAGAUUAGCAAAGGAAUGGCUUACCUCAGUGAUAUUAAGCUUGUUCAUCGGGACCUUGCAGCAAGGAACGUGUUGGUGGCUGCAGGCAAGAUCUGCAAGAUCUCAGACUUCGGCCUGACAAGGGAUGUGUACGAAGAUGAUGCGUACCUCAAGAGAAGCAAAGGACGUGUCCCAGUCAAGUGGAUGGCACUGGAAUCAUUGGCAGAUCACAUGUACACUAGCAAGUCAGAUGUGUGGAGUUUCGGCAUACUCAUGUGGGAGUUGGUAACACUGGGAGCAUCACCAUACCCUGGUGUUGCAGUUCAUAAUCUCUUCCAUCUCCUGAAGGCUGGCUACCGAAUGGAGAGACCUGAAAACUGCUCCAUCCAGUUGUACAGAGUAAUGAGAAGUUGCUGGAAUGAAGAUGCAAGUGAGAGACCUUCUUUCAAGGAGCUUACAGCAACAUUUGAAAGGAUGCUGGAAGAUGGUGUGGAGUACUUAGACUUGAACCCACGUAUUGUUCACAACAGAACAUACUUUACCAGUCCAAGGGACAUACUGGAUAAUAAUGAUGAAGAUAUUGGUUAUGGUAACCUGAAUAUCCUGCAGACUGAUUCUGUAAAUUACCUGACACAACCUCAACAUCAAGUGUCCCAUAAAGACAGUCACAAGGGCCUCCAUGGAUGUGAAAUAUUCAAUCAAUUUGGGUUGCCCAGUGAUAACUUGCAGCUCCAAAGUGCAACCCCAGAGGAUGAACAGCAUCUGCUGGAAAGCUACGGAAAGGAAGUAACAUUAUUAGUCAAUGUGGGAACAUCAAAAUCAUUGGAAAAUCAGAAACACUUAUACCAGAAUGAAAUGUCUAAGAAUAAUGAAUCACCACGACCAAGCAAUGCAUACCUGACACCCAUCCGGCAACAAAAUCUUUCAAAUGAGCAUAUGAAAUAUACCACCAAAAUGUUACCAGUUGCAUCCCCAGUGCGUCCACAAUCUUACCUAAAUAUGGAUGGAAAUGUGAACCUCGCAGACUCAGGAAAAUCUGAUACCCAGCAACAACAGGAUCUGUUGUGUUUUGUGGCAGAUAAAACAUCAAAUUCUACUCUUAAGACUUCCAAAGUGACAGACUGUUAAAUUAUAAGACUGCCAAAAUGGAAUUCAAACUUUACAGAAUCCUCCUGAACAAUGAACAGAUUUAUGAUUUUCCUGUGAACAGUAUAAAGUCUUUUUAAUAAUCAUAAGAACUUACUGUUAAAGAAAUGGAACAAUAAGUCACUACAUACAGGAAUUAUCCAGCAUAAUGAAGCAUAUUAAUUUUGGAGGGAACUUCAGCAAACAAGCUGUCCAAAUCAUGUGCCAUAUCAAAGCUAUAAUGAUAACAAAUGCACCCAGUCUGACUUAGAGUGAGGGUCAAUGGAUGCAUGGCAAGUGCAGCAAUUGUGACCCAAGAUUUAUUGCAACAUGGUCAUUUCUUUUCCAUUCAUUCAGUAUGAGCACUGAAAAUAUACAUCAAUGGUACAAAAUAUGUGACAUAUGUGUCAUGUAUGACACAUCAUGACCCUAAAAAUGGCACAUAAAUACUUUUCAAGACAAAACAAAACCUUUUUUUUUGUAACAUAAAUUUGUGAACUUACAAAUUACUUCAUGUGAAGUUGUAAACAUGUAUAUUUAUUGUAAGAUUCCAGGUUUUCACGGCGGUGACUGUGAAGAAAGCAGUCUUCUGUGAUGUGGCA